AUGCACGAGACAGCCCAGCAAAUUGAAAAGCUUGGCCAGCAAACCAAGGUUCAGGUUGUUGACGUUUCCGAUGCAAAGCAAGCGGAGGAGGCGAGUCGGAGUGCACGAGCCGGCGGAUUUACAGUGCGUGCGGUGGUCGCAGCGGCCGGGAUUGUUCGACUGGACUCUCUCCGCAACCCAGAUCCUGUGAGCGCACAGCAGAUGAUGGCAGUCAAUGUUGACGGAGUCUACAAUACGCUUCAAGAUCUGGUGGCUGGGGGUUCCGAGUCGUCCGCCCUCAUCGUCGGGUCAACUGAGGGGUUCAAGGGUGCUCCAGCGCUAAACACCUACUGCAGAAGCAAAGCGGCCGUCCUCGGAAUCGCACGGGCGGCAGCGCUAGAACUGGGGCCCCUCGGAGUUCGAGUGAACACGAUCCAACCAGGAACUAUUCGCACACCCAUGUACCAGCCGGAGAAGAUGGGUCCAGGGGCAUGCGAGCUGGCCACAGAGCUUCAGCGCAGAACGCCUCUUCGCCGCGUCGGCCAACCGGAAGAGGUUGCCAAGGUUGCUCGCUUUUUGAUUUCGGCCGAUGCAAGCUAUAACUUAACUAGUUAG